AGGGAUUAGGUUUUUUUUUACUCUUCUCAUUCCCUCCUCCUCGUUUUCUUUAAAUAGAGGCAUACAUGGUGACAUUUUUAUUCAUCACACGUUCUAAAACAAAGAGUUGAACAGUUGAAGAAAAUGGCUUCGAGGGCUUUAAUUCUGUUGGGUCUCUUUGCACUUCUUUUCGUCGUCUCAGAAAGGGCAGCGGCAUCCGAAAGGCAGUCGGCUACAGCGAAGUCAGAAAGUGAGGAAAAUGUGAAACCCGAUGGAUAUGGUGGUGGCUACAACGGAGGAGGAGGUUACAACGGAGGAGGACACCACGGAGGAGGAGGAUACAAUGGAGGAGGACACAACGGAGGAGGAUACAACGGAGGAGGAGGUUACAACGGAGGAGGACACCGCGGAGGAGGAUACAACGGAGGAGGCCGUGGAGGAGGUUAUUGCCGUCACGGUUGCUGCUACAGAGGUUACCGUGGCUGCUCAAGGUGUUGUUCUUAUGCCGGAGAAGCUGUUCAGACUCAACCCGGUCACUAAAACUAUAUAAUGCAUGGUUGGAUCUAUAUAUACACUUAUAUGUGUAUGUGUAAGUGCCCCAAGUGUUCUUAAGGGGCAUGAUGGAUUAAGAAAUGAAAAGUAUGGGAAUAAAGUUUCAUAUCGUAAUGGCCUGUGUUGUAAUCGCUUCGUUGUUUCCAUAAUAAGAUCGUCUUUAGUUUAUUAU